AUGGCUUAUCCAUUGACAGCCUUGGCUUUUGCAAUGUUGUUCUGGGCAACCGUCACCGAGGGACUUCACCGCAGCAAGAACAUCCACCACGACAUGAAUUACCAGUGCCCUACUGCAAAGACCGGCCUGUUUGGUGUCGCUGCUUUCCUUGCCCUUGAUGCCUCUCUCUUCUGGCUUGUUUGCCAGAUGCUGGUCCUCAAUGCAAGGGCUGACUACCUGGACGAGGAUGACAACAAGGGCGAAUAUGGCCAGGUUUAUGCUGCUGAAGUCGAUGGCUCGAAGGUCUGA